AUGGCUCCUGUUACUGAAUCUGCUGCUUCUUGCUCUGCCGAAUUUCCUCCUGCGCUUUUUAAUGCUGUUGCCAACAUGAGACUGGCUGAUGAUUCCAUUUAUGCCCUCAAUUUGAAGUUUGCUUGCCAAUCCAAGGUUAUCUACGACAUGAUCAAGAAUCUGGGAAUUAACUUUGAAGAAAUCAACGAACCUGUUGAAAUCCCAUGUGCUAACGUUACCAGAGACACAAUGGUUUUGAUUGAGGUAAGAAUUUUGCAAUUUUUAGUUUUUCAGUUUUAGGAUAUUACACUUGACAAGGCUGGUGAAUAAGGUCGAUUUUGAGUUGAAAUUUGUCCUUGACUUGAGUUUGUCAGGUUGCAAAAGAGUCUUCACUAUGACCUCUCGUUGUCAGAAACACUCAUUGCGGCGUGAUUUUUGCUCCGAAUACUAAAAAUAGUGUUUCAGGACUGGAUGGCCCACCACCCUGACGAUGAUCGCCUUUCAACCACCGAAAACGCCAAGUUUGACAAGAAUCUGAGCAAGUCCGAGCUGCGUUGGUUCCGUUUGCUUAACGAAGACGAGCUUUACAACGUGAUCAUGGCCGCCAACUUCUUCGACAUGCCUCAUCUACUCGACAAGUGCUGUGAAAAUGUGGCGUCAAUGAUUCGGGGGCGGACUUCUCAAGAAAUGGCCGAGAUCCUGGGCUUCGAAGACAACAUGAGCAAGGAGAAGGUGGACAGUAUCAGACGCGAAAAUGUCUGGCUCGGUGAUUAA